AUGCCAUUAAAUUCUAUGUCUAAAACAAGAAAAAGAACAAACAAUACAAAACCGUCGUUGUCUCUCAUUAGAAAAAAUGCUACAAUAAGUAAAGAGGGUUUGAUACCGGGAUCUACAAAAGAUUUACGUGUAUGUAACGAAAACAAAGAGAAUAAACCUCUUAAACGGCCUUUUCAAGGAAUUCACCUGAAUACACUGAAUGCAGCUAAAAAAUUAAAACCUUUGACUGAAAUAUCUAAACAAGGAGAUUCUACUGAAGACCUGACACUUGAGAUACUAUACAAUAAGCAAGGCAGCCCUGCCAUGUUGAAUGGCCACCACUCUUCAGAUAAUCAGUAUGGAGGGAGUUCGCAGUACAAGACUCCUAUUGCCAGUCUUUCAAAUCUUGGGAAUACUUGCUUCCUCAAUAGUGUUUUGUAUACAUUGCGGUAUGCACCACAGUUUGUACACAACUUGCAUCAUUUAGUCUCUGACUUGAAUAGAAUAGAACAAAAAUUGGGCAGCAUCAGGUUAAAGAGUUCCUCACUAGGACGAAGUGCGGCUGGAAUUGCCUCAUCAGGAACUAGGUCUUGGAGUAGUAAGGACUUGUUGUCCUUAGGCCAAUCAGAUAAUAGUACAGGAAAAAGUAAAAUCCAGAUAGCAACUGAGAAACUUCAUGAAACAUACUUAAGUCUGCGAGCAGCUGAAAGUAAAUGUCUGCACAGCGGAUCAAAUGACUCCAGUCCAGAACCAUAUGCUGCCGAUCCCUUUCUAGCAGCAUUAAGAGAUGUUAAUUCUACCUUUGAAGGAAAUAGACAACAAGAUGCACAUGAGUUACUAGUGUGUAUUCUUGAUAACAUUCGAGAGACUUGUCGGGCGCUUAGCACACGUGCUUCACGACUACAGCUGCAAGAAAAUGGCGACAGCAAUGGUCUUGGACGUGCGCAAAAUAUCGAAGACGGGGGUAAGACACUGGGAAAUUUGCGUAAGUCAUGGAAAAAGCGUAAAGAGGUGAAGUUGAAUGAUAAGCGGACUUCACCCACUGAAGAUAGAGCACCAUCUCCUUCAGAUCCUGAGAGAGACGAAAAGUCUCUACCUGGCUGGGACUUUGUUGCUGAUGAUUUUGAGGGUACAAUGGUGGUGCGAACUAUGUGUUUAGAGUGUGAAACAGUGACAGAAAAAGCACAGGCUGUAUGCGAGCUGUGUGUUCCUGUGGGUGAGGAUGAUUCGAGCGAAGAGCCUUUUCGCGCUGCAUGCCUUUCGAGCGAGUACCUGAGGGAUCAAAAUAAGUACUGGUGCGAACGGUGUCUUCGCUAUAACGAAGCGAGGCGAAGUGUGGCGUACUCGCGCCUCCCUAGGCUCCUGGUACUGCAGCUAAAGCGUUUCAGUGGUGGAAUGGAGAAAAUAACCCGGCACGCGCCUACACCCCUUCUCAUGCCUUGCUUUUGUGAGCCAUGUGCUAAACGGCCGCCAGAACAUCCACCGACCCAUAGGUAUAUACUUUGGGCAGUAAUAAUGCAUUUGGGACAAACACUAACGGGCGGGCACUACGUAGCGUACGCUCGUGACAGCUCUCAAGGUGACGUCAAAUGCGAACGCGAAACUACGGAGAACGCCGCGGCCAAUACCGGAACCAGUUUUAUGAGGACACUAUUCAAUAGGCCAAGACCACAGCCCACAGGAUGCACGGCUAGAGAUUGUUGCGUUCCGAGGCAAAGGCCUGAGGUGGGCUGGCUGGCCUGCGACGACGACCUCGUCAAACCGAUCUCCAACGAAGAGUUUGAAGAUCUACUCUCGGCUGAACCGAAGAUUAGAUCGCCGGCGACCCCUUAUCUUCUGUUCUAUGUCAAAACUGAAGGCUAG